AUGGAUCAACUAUGUUCAAUAUGUCAUAUAAAUGUAUUCAAAUAUAAGUGUCCGGCAUGUGGAUUGAAAACUUGUAGUAUAGAUUGUGUUAAACGUCAUAAAAGGCAAACUGAAUGUACUGGAUUAGUUGAUCAAACAAAAUUUAUUUCAAGAAAAGAACUUUCAUCUAAUACAACUUAUUUAAAUAGAGAUUAUAAUUUUUUAUUAAAUUUAGAUAGAGGAAUUCAAUUAGGUAAGGAAGAUGUUAAAACAAAUGCUAAAAAUAUUUUAAAAAGAAAAUUUAAUAAUCAAAAUAAUAAUCGUAAUAAACGAUUUAAAUCUAAUACAAUAUCAGUUGAUUCAGAUAAGAGAAUUGAAAUAAUUAAUACAUAUUUUCCUCAUAUGUCUCAAACUUCAAUAAAGAGACAAAAUACUUUAGUAAUACAAUUACCUGUAGGAAUGUCAAGAUCAACUACUAAUAAAAGUGGUUAUGAUAAAAAGCUGGGUUCAUUUACAUGGACUGUAGAAUGGGUUUUAUUAAAUGAAGAAGGGAAUGAAUUAUCAAAAUUUUUAAGUUAUAGAUUAAAAGAACAUUUGAUUAUCGAGGAGGCAGUUCCUUUAAAUAUCAUAAAUAAUAACAAUAGUUCUGAUCAACCUAUUAAUAAAGAAGAUUUAAAUUUUUAUUUAGAUAAUGUGGUUAAUGUCAAUAAGACAAAGUAUUCGGUACUACCUAUUGAUAAAUCCAAAUCAAUAUCUGAUAUUUUAAAGGAUAAAAUAGUAUUAGAGUAUCCUACUAUUUUCAUAACAAUUUCAAAUAAGGCCCUUCAAGAGUAUAUAGUUACUGAUGAAGAUUAUGAGGCUAUAUUCUUGAAACUGGAUACAAAAGAUGAUGAUAAUGAUGACGAGGACUCUUCUCUGGCUUCUGAUUCAAAUACUUCUUCAGAUUCUGAUUCUGAUUCUGACUCUGAUUCUGAUUCUGAUUCAGAUUCUGGUUCAGGAUCUGAUUCAAAUUCAAAUUCAAAUUCUAACGAAGUCGAUUCUUCGAAAAUUCCUAAUGAUAAAGAAUCUACAACUGAAGAUCCAGUUAACUCCUUACAUAGUUCUGAUGAAGAUGAAGGUCCAGAAGAGUCUUCUUCUAAACCUCCAAUUCAUGAAUAUAAUUUAUAG